AUGGUCCAUCGGAGGCAGCAGAAGACCCGCACUGAGACAGAUAAUGACCUGUGAGUACUGAGCCUCAGCCGCAGAAUAUUGCAGGGGGGCUGGACAGGUGGUGAGAUUAGGUGUGCACUCCUGUCAGCCCACAAGAGAGAAACAUUUUGAGAAGACAAAACACUUUUUCUGAGAGAGUUAAUGUGUUCAGAGAGACACGGGAACAUGUUGUUGACUGCCUGUCUCUUCCAAGCAGCACAUGGUCGAGCUUUGUUCCCAGAGUUUUAAAAAGCAACUUUAUCCUCGUUUACUUUUGCAGACAUUAUCAUUAACGAACAUAAGAGCCUGCUUGAUUGUAAUGUGGAUUAAAGUGAACUCAUUCCCUAAUUGAACACAAUUCUUUCAAUCUGGCCUCAUUGUUGGAGCUGCAGCUUUUUCUCACAAACACAAUCCUGACCCUGAAAAUAACUCCGUUUAUAAAAGUUGAGACUCUGAGUAAAAAAAAAUACAGAAUUUCAAAGUUCAAAUCGAUCAAAAGUGGUGCAAAAACAACAUAUCAGAAAAAACAUCAGCUCAUUUUAAGUUCGAUGGCAGAAACACAUUUUUAAAACUGUGAGACAGAAACAUGUUCACCGCUCUGUGAAUGUUUGGGGACAGGGAAGACCAGUUCCUGGAAGGUCUUCCCUGAAAAAGUCAUGAUCUGACUUAGACUUAGACCAGCUCUGAUAAAGUCUUCACAGAUGGGUGUUCGUCCAUGAUUUCUCAAAAGAAAGUUGAUUUUUAUUCGUUGAGAUAGUUUCAGACUCGCCCAAGUCCAUCUUACAUUAUUCUGUGUCCAGAGAAGUUGGUCGACACACCGUGUUCAAAGAUCACGGUCUCUUGAGGUAGUUUUGAGCCCAUGUGGUCAUUUCCACUUCAGAGUCAUGACUGUUUUCUAAAGCAGUUCUGCCUUCAGCCUCGUCCCUUUGAUAAAACGAGUUACCCCCAAAUUCCACCACAUGCGAAACAGCGGCGAUUUAUGUUGUCCGCCAAAUCCCACCAGAUGCAUUUGUGAGGCGAAACUCACAAGAACCUGCAAAUUCACGUGCAACACGAAAACGAGUUGUCUCUAAAAAGACAGACACAUAGACAUAUAAGCAGUAGAUUAUUGUGUCCUUCCAAAGGAGGAAAUUUACAUGAACAAAUGAUUACCUUAGAAACUAUAUAUAUUGAUACUAAUUUGUAAUUUACCACCCACUCCCAUUACUCCUGCUAUUGAAAUCCUACGCCACAUCCUUUUUAUUACUGUCCUUAUAUAAGGGAGAAGAAGGUCAUAGAUUAUUCUGUGAUUUUGGACUUCCAGAAUCAGCAUGUCCUCGUCCAUGAUGUCAACGGGGUGAAAUGACGUUUAAAAACCUUUCACUUGUCCGUCCCCGCUCACGUGUGUGUUGCUGUGCCAGACUUCCUUUCCAGCACGGACUAAUCUGUGCUGAAUUUAUGCUGCAGUGUCCGGAAGAAAUAGAGACCUGGCAAUUGGCUACAAGGCCGGCUGAACCGCAGGGGGCCGAGAAGUAGCCGGUGGAAAGAAGCCGGUGGAAUUUGGAAGAGAAACGAUCAGUGGCGAUCUGCACCAACGGCCUUUUUCGCCGUCAUUCCACAUACAGUGGAAUUUGGGGGUUAUCCUGGUCUUUAAAUGUAGUUAUGACUGCAUGUAGUCAUGUAGUUCUGCACAGAGUAUGAAUUAAUUCCUCUUUUAUUAAACCUCUGAGAGGCUCAUUUUCUACAAACUGCCCUUUUUUAUACCCGGUCAUGAUGCAAAUUAACCUCAUUAGCUGGGAGAUGUCGCCCGGCUGUUUUUUUCAGCAUUACACAAACCUUUCCAAAUCUGCCAUCAUCAACUUUAACAUAAAAACAGAUUAUCUGACAUGUUGUCUUUGCACUGUUUUAGAUCGACUGUAUCAUCUCAGCUUUUCUCUUUUUGGAGUCAGAGUUGUAGAUCGAGUAUAAACCCUUCAAACCAAAGGUUUGUGGGUCAUUUCAAUGAAGCCAAGCAGACGGCUGGAGCCAAACUCUCCGGCCAGGUUAUUUAGUUCUGCCUCCAAUCCGGAGGCCAUGGUAGUGUUGAACAUCGCCAGCUGCUCCCCGUACACACAGAAGGGGGGAGCAGAAGUUGCAGAGGCUGCAGCUGAGGGAUCCCCGAGCAACAGAGCAGUGGAAAUCUAAACUAAAUUUCUGUGUCAAUAGGAAGGUGAUAAAAGUCUCCUCCAUCUGUCCAGGAGAAGUGUAAAAUAUCUGUUUUCUGCAGGAGAAAGAACAAGCAUCCCAGUUGAUCCUGCUAAUUGCUUUUGCCUAAAACACCUGGCCAGGACAGAUAGCUCCGUGGUUGCCAAGGUUUUCAUGCAGCUCUUGGCGAUGCUGGAUACGCAAGAUGCAAACCACAUCCCCACGGGAAUGAUGCUGCUGUGUGCUGGGUUGGCUGUGGUCCUCCCUGGGAAUAUAACCAAAACAACAAAGGUUGGGGGGGGAUGUGCAGAAUCUGGCUGAGGGUCCACAUGAACCUUUAAUCUACUCACAUGAUGAGAUUACAAUGCUUCUUUUAGAGCUCCCCCUCCAGAAUCUCCUAAUUGAUUUUAUAUUCAAAGAUGCUAACGUCGAGCACUUGUGCCGAGUUUCUGGCCUCUGCGACCCGGCCCGGAGUCCUCAGAGCCGUAGAAACGCACCGCUGCUACCUCUCAGGAAUGCUUUUUAAGACAAAUGAAGCGCACAGACUCUUACCUCUCCCAUUGCUUUCUGUCUCUUUCCCCCUCCCUGCUAAUCUAUCUUUCUCUCUCACUCUGAUGCCAAUGUUUCUGCUCUCUGUCUCCCACUCCCCUCCCUCAGCAUUGCUGUUGCUGCUGUUGCUGAUAGUUGUGUGACACAGGCUCCAGAGAAGCCAGAGUCCCCCACAAGGAAAGUAGAGGCACCUGACCCCAGUCUAUCCCCCACUGACCCCUGUCCUCCCGGAUCCUCUAUUCUGUUACCCGCAUGUAACGGUGGCCUGCAAGUGACAUACUUGAGCACGCCAUUGUGAGGCAGCGAACGUCCUUCGACACGUCUGAGAAACUUUGAAUUUACGGAAAAUUUUCUGGUCGUUUGAUGUUUGACUCAAACGUCUUUAUUUGGUGCAUGACUGAAAACCACAUUUAAGAAAAAAAGAAAAAAACAGCGAUGCAGUUUGAUAAACAAGCGAAUGGAAACAGUGCCAAGAUAAAUCAAAGUUAAUUAAAAGUCUUAAAGAUAAAAUCCAGCUCCUCGUAGAGUUGAUCAGAUUUGAGGAGCUUGGACAAAACGGAGCACUUUCUGCUGAGAUUGAGCUUACAUAUCCAAUUGUUAAUCAGAGGGAAAUCUGUAAGCUUACAGAGGCUUUGUUUUACAUAAGCCAAAACUCACUCAUGAUGUCUUUUGUUAACUAACCACAUUGUGCAACCUCCCUCCUCCUCCUCCUCCUCCUCCGCCUCUCGCUCUUUUUUCCUUUUGUGUGCAUGAUUGUCGUCUAAUCUGCAUGGCAAGAGUUCUGGUGGUGUCAGUGCUGUGUAACUGUUGUUGUCGUCGUCUCGGCAUGUGAUGCUCAAUGUGAUGAAAUGUUGUUUAAAGCUUUAACUGUGCAGAUGAAUAUCUAUAGAUGUCCGUUUUUAUGUUCAGUGUCUUAUACGAAGAAAAAGAAAAUGUCUGAUGAUGUGAACGCAGAGAAGCUUCAGAGAGAUUUAUCGUGUUUUUUUUUUAUUUUUUAUAUAUGAGUGUGUGAUGUCGGGGGUAAAGGGGAAGCAUUUAGCCACACUGUUUAAUUCUGCAUGUUGAUGAGCCGUUAAUCAAGCCUGAGCAUUUGAUAACAUGGCUGACUGCACCGCCAGUCACGCCUCUGUUUGCCCUCACAAAGCAGCACAUGAUGUGACUCCAAAUUGGUCAAUCCUCAUAUAUCACUGGCCCUUAAGAGGCUGCACUGGCACAAUAGUCAACUGAUUAUCAAAAUAGAUGGGCAUUGUCAGAAGCAAUGCUCUCUGAAAUAAUGUGUUCAUCGCUCUGGCGUGAUGUAUGACCUCCAAAAUGUCGAAAAGCACCGAUGAUUGCUGCGCUGCACGUCGGGAACAAAUCACAAAAAAAAUGAACCCACUCACUGUCGAGCUCCGGACGUGCACUUAAGACGCCGACGCUCAAACCUUCAUAUCUGGAAGAAUCACACGCAGAAUGCGAAAGGACGAUGGAGCACGAACUGGAAACAUAUCGUCACUUUUUUGUUUUUUUUGUCCUGGAGGGAUGGUACAAACUCUUUCCACCUUUAAAGCUUGAACAGGAGACGUAGAUCCUUUAUGGUUUUAGAGGACACUUGAAAAUAUCGAUGAACUGAUCUAACAAAAAAAUGGGAUGUUGCAGCUAUAAAAAUGGAUGUCUUCUUUAGUGGAAUAUUUAAUAAGAGUGCAGAGGCAGAAUUGAUUUGUAGAGACAUGAUUUGUUCUUGUAUAUCCUCUGAUUAAUGAACCAGUCAUCAGUGCUUUAACCUUUGCUGUGUGGAGACCUUUAAAAUGUGAUAAAUAACUGUUGGAAACCUUCUAGCUUUAAGCUGUAACCAAAGUAGGACUGUGUGUCUUUGUCUUUCUGAGUCAUAAACUUUUGACUGUUUUUGGUGUGAAUCUGAAUUAUCAUGUUUAGGAGUUAAACAGGUGCUUUGGUUUUCUCUGUACAGAAUGUUCUACAUGCAGUCGAUCGACACUGUCUAUGUAAUCUACCAUCCAUGCUUAAAGGGAUAAUCCGUAUUUUUAAAGAGGGGGUUAUCUGAGUUACAUGUCUCUGGAAAGUAUGUCAGCCACAGUGAGUGACGGUCGGCUUGACCUCCAUACCUGCACGAGGCGAAAUCAGCAACAAUCAAAAAGUCCCCGCUUUGUCCACAAGGGAGCGCCAGAAUCAACACAGACAGAAAGAAAGCUUUAAAGGGAUAUUCCGGGGUAAAAUUAAGUUAGGGUCAAAAACACCGUAACAUCGAGUUAGACACCCUCUCCAGAGAUGAAUGUUGCCGACCGCUUGCUUCUCUAGUUAUACCAACUUUAGUAACGACCGCAGGAUAGAAAUACAGAGAGCCACGCCCUCAACCAAAACGCCACUCUAUAGCCACAAAUAAUGCUCAGAACAGCACCUAACUUCAUCAACAGGACAUAUAGGGUCACAGACAUAGUACUAGACACCAAACAUCUUUUUAACUUUGACUCAUUUCUUUAGCAAAGAGACUAAACACAACUCGCCUACUCUCUUCCAGCAGCCGCUUGUUUGUAGUGAGACCUCAGGCCAGUCCAUUACAGACUACAGUGGGGUGACGCAGCUCAAGGAAGAACAUUUAUGAUCAUUUCCUUGAAGUAAAAAUCACCAUAUUAAUCAUUUUGCACUGCAGACGCGGUAGUUCUUCUGCCUUAGCGUCUCGGUCUGAUUGCAUUUCCAUGAAGAAAUGAUCAUAAAUGUUCUUCCUUGGUGCUACAGUGUGUUUGACCCUAACUUAAUUUUAUGCCAGAAUAUCCCUUUAAGAGUUCACUCUUCCCAGAAAGUUCCAGCACUUUACCAUAUUGUGGUUUUGCACUAGUUUCAGACUCCAAACACACAAACAUGCUCUUCCAGAUUCACGGUAAUCUUUAACAUCUUGCUUCAGCUAGCUCGCUGACAGUCUGCUACUUCUUCUUCACCUGUCCUCUGUUGCUCGACAUGAAGCAGCUGGUAUGAAUGAGCAAUAUUAUGAAGCUUUAAUGUAACUGUAUGAUAUAAUGGAUAUUAAAGAGGGUUAUGGUUGGUAUUGGUGUAUUACUGUAUUGUGUUUUAGGCUCAGUCCACUCCUUCAGUGUAUUUUGAUGAGGUAGACACAUCCUGUGGAUCAUGAGCUGCAGGUUUUGGGGUUUUCUGUGUUUUUAAUGUUGAAGAAAGCUGCUUUUAUUCAGGACUCUGGUUGGUUAUAGUUACAGACUCUUGUGUAAACUGCUGGUUUAUUCUGUUUACCAAAGAUCCAGAGCGGCUGUAGUUAGAGAAAGAUUGUACUCCUCUCUUCAUGAACUCCUGACACACCUGGCAGCCCCCCAGCUCACCAGUUCACACAGAAGUGGGUUUUCUGAUGCGAAGGAAAGUGCUGGAAAAUUUCUGGGUAGAGCGUAUACUCUUAACUCCAGAUAAGUGCUUUGGACAGAGUCUCUCCCUGCGUUAGCUAAAAGCACACUAGUCUCCUGUUUCAGUUUUAAAGGAGCGCAGCUGAGCGCCGUCCACUGUGGCGAGCACACUUUAAUAGCGACAUGUAGCGUAUACAACCCCACAUCAGAGAGAUAUGCAGAAAAAGGUGUAAAAUUGUAAAUGUACCAAGAAGCAAAACCUUCAUUUUGAGAGCAGAAGUAGUUUUUGAUAAACUUGUCAAAGAAAGAAAAAAAACUUCUCGUCGUUCUGUUUCAUUCUUGUUUUCUUCUUUCUCCUCUGCCGCAGAAAAAAAAAGCUGCGCUCUGCAGAGUAAUUGUUGUCCGCCUUUUGAAAAGAUCGGAGCGAGACAAAGCAUGAAAGUAAUUGCCUCCUAGAGAUCAAAUCACAUUUAUCCCGUCUUGCAAUUAAAAGUAUCAUUAGCAUUUAAAUUGCCAAAUAAGAUUGUGAUCAACAGAAAUCAAUGAGAGCAGCGAGGAUCAGCUCCACCACUUCACAUUGUUCUGCAGGAGCGGGGCUGUGGUCCGACUUUAAUCCAAACGCUUCUGGGGAUGCGACACUUUACUUUCUCUCACACCCGACAGACAGACAGACAGACAGACAGACAGACAGACAGUGGGAGUGUGUUUUGGAGCUGUCACCCUGAUAAGUGUCUUCACUCUGAUAAUCGGAGCUUUAAAAACGCCGCCUCAUUGUCGGGAAAAUUUCUAAUAGAAAGGUCACUUUUCCAGGAGUGCAUUGUAAAAGUCAUUUCUUUGCUGUAAAUCUUCCCUUACAGAUUACUCUCCUCAGUUUAAGGAUUAGUUAUGUUUUCUCCUCGCUAUCCCCCUUAAAUCUCUCCUUAAGCUGCCCUGAGCCUUUUGUAGCCAACAGAGCGAGGCGGAGCGAGGUCUUCAAGGUGGAUGUCUGAGUAGGAAACAGUGCAAACUUGAAUGUGGCUCUCCUGCCCGGUGCUUUCUGCUCCCCGCAGGCUUGUGCUGCUUGUCAGCUUUCAUUAGCGUCCGCGGCUCACAAAGCCGACGCCCACAUGCUGCCUGCAUCACAGCCGGUGCAGAAGUGUGUGUGCGUGUAUGUGUGUGUGUGAGAUGGCACAAAGAAGAUGCACAUGAGAUGGUGAGGCUGAUGUGGACAUAAUUGUGCUGCAAGACAGAGAGAGAGCGAGAGAGCGUCAGAGAUUCAUGAGGAAAAGUGCACAACCUUCAUAAACCCGGACUAUUCUCAGCCGUUUGAACUCAUUUGCAUCUUCAUCUUUAUUUUAGUCAAGAGUCGCUCACUCAGAAAUAGAAUAAAACGUGGGCCUUUAUUAAUCUAUAAUAUUCACAGGAAACUGGAAUAAAGAAAGGAGUAUACGAUUCCGAUCAAAAGCUUCUGUCUUAUAGCUCUGAAUGGAGAGGAAGUCGUGUUUUGACGAUUGAGGGAAAGUUCAUUCAGUAUUCACGCGGCGCCACAGCUGCCACUGUCGAGUUUCUUCUUGUUAACUCUUCAUACAGUAAAAUUACGUUUCCAUAUGCUCCUAAUUAGUCUCCUACAUGUAUUUGAGUUGAUUUUCUUCAACUACAUCAACACGUUUAGCUCUCACCGUGACCCGCAUGCUAACCUGAAGCAGCUCAGGGCAGAAGUCACUCCUCUGUAAAUAGGCCUCCUUUACACGUGACCUGCUAUGUAACGCACAUGCGAAGCCGAGCUGUAUGCAGGAGUGAUGUCACACCUUCAUGGUUAAAAACGCCGCAGGAGCCAAGUUUGCAAACAAAGCUGUAAAUCGACCAUCGUUGUCACAUCGAGUUGAGAUACCGAUGUAGGUUCCAGAUGUGUUUGGGCUGCUAGAUCGGCUCAGGGCCCGGGGCCUGUUGAAGACGUCACACUAACUAGAUUGCGCUUUAUUUAAUAGUCCAAUGCUCUCGGUUAAAAGCUCCUUGUAGUUUUCUUCUUUUCCGUUUGUUCAUUCAAUUGACCUCAAAAUUUUCUCUCCAUACUCUUCAGUAAAUUUUAGAUGGAUUUAAUUGUAUAUGUUAACCUAAAAAAUGUAAAAUGUAACGUAAAAAAAUGUACGCAGGAUCUAAAAGAGGUGGUAGUCCGGCGGUCGUAAGUCCCCUUUUAUAGGUAGCGAUAGAUUUCUUCACAAAAUUCAUCCGUGAUUUCUCCGAAAAUCUACAAUCUCUGAAGAAUCCUAAUCUGGCGAAAACCGCUUCUCAGACCAACCAUGAUCUUCUACGUCAUCUGAACCAACUUCCAGCCAAUCAUACAGCUCUACUACCUCCCCACCUGCAGACUCUGAUUAUAGAUGUUUGGAGUACACUCAUUGGGAGGAGGUGGACUUCAUUUCCCACAAUGCAUUUGUUCCAAAAAAGGAAAGGUCCUUUUAAAACCGUUAAAAAACGUGAACAUGUGGUGACGUCUCAGAGGAAUAAUCAGAUGAAUCAUAAACACAGAGUUGGAAUCAUUCGUCAGAUUUGUCUGUAGUGAACGUUAAACACAGUUCACAGACUUCUUUGUGGCACAGGCGGGGAUUUAAAACGAUAUUUCUCUCCUGUUCACUUUUGAUUUGAGCUCUUAAAAAAGUGGGUUAAUCCGUCUAAACUGACGGUUUAUUUAAAAUCUGUCUGAACAUCUGACUGCUUAUUUUCUUGGCGCGUCAGAUUGAAGUGCUGUUACUGUGUUUACUGAUCUUACGUUGGUGAGUGAAACAUUACGAAAACUAAAAAAUGAAUUUGGCUUAAUUUGCUAAAAACACUGACUCAUCAUCGGAUACGUGCGCAGAAAGACAUGCAGAUUUUGUCAGGCUCGGGGUGUGCUGUUGGCUGCAUGUUGGCAGUCCUGCCGAUUAAAACUCUGAAGCUGCUUUCAUAAAAACUAACUGUGGGUAUAAUUGAGGCAGCUUAAGGAGCAGUGGUGUGCUGGCAGGUCAACCCCUCUGCUGCUCUAAUAUCUGUAAAAUCGCUGCAGGGUGGCCCUGAUGUGCAACUGAAGUAAAUAAAACUUUUACUUUUGGUGCCCUUUCUUAAAAAAUGCUCAAACUGCUGAAAUAGAAACUCUUCUCAGGGGUGAGACAGUCAAAAGUGCCCCGUGGAUAACCCUCCAGUGAGUAUAAAUAGUGCCCUCUGGAUACCCAACCUUUAAAAAUCAAGGAAAAAAUCCCAUCUUUACACCAUUCCUGUAGUCUGAUAUACAACAGUUUAAACUCAUUUUAUCAACAAUGACAGCACUGUCCCUGGGACACCUACUUAAUGUAAAACAAUACAACAGCAGUCCUCUCUGGAUACCCCUCUAGUAUUUAAGAUGUCAAAGUGUCCUCUGAAUGCACAACUAACAGUGAUGGGCAGUAGCAGGUUAGAAGUAACAUGAUUACUUUUUUCAAGUAAUGAUUAAAGAAAAGGAUUACAACUGCAAAAAGAAUAAGAGUAGCCUUAAUUUUCCACAAGUAGGCUGCGUUACUGCGUUACUAAACCGGGAUUUCAUUUUGUGAGACACAAGAUAUAUAUGAGACAGGCUAGAUGACUGGAGGCGGAGUCACUGAUUUAAUAUAACUACCUUGUGUGUGUAGGCCUAUAGCUAUUGUUCUAUCUAUCUGCUUAAUGUUUAUGUUUGAAAAUCCAUGAUUAAAAUUAUUCUUAAGUGUGCAGGAACAUAACUAAAACUCUGAGGUUUGUUACAAACCAAACCGUUUGAAAAUCGGUUUAAAAUUAAUCAAUCUAUGGUUAUUUAAAUGUUACAUGAACUGUAGACUGGAAUGUUAGGAGUGGGGGAGCUGCCUGAAGCAAAAUGGCCGCCAUGCACGGACGUCGGUCUCCAUUUGCUAACAGCGUAGGUAAGACAUCUAACGUUUAUAAAUCUAUGGGUAAACAAACGGUCACGUGAUCAACACGAGACAAAGGGGAGCGCGGGAGAGAGCAGGACCGUGCAGCGUUUACCGCCCGGAAGUACCGAUAUUAUCUUCAGUUUGACUCGGUAAAAUAAACAUUAGCGUACACUGUUCACUCUUCGCGGGAAGAAAACUUUCAUCUGCGGCGAAAAAUCUCCACCACGAAUCUGAGCAAAGACCCAACAAACCUGCAAAGUAAUACGAAACUCACCGCAAAACCCGAUAUGACCGCUGCGGCGACCACAUCCGACUCUGAGGGCCCUCCUCCUGCUAAACAGGUGAACAUAGACUUAAGGGGGCCAUGACUGAGAGCUGCUGAAUGGUUAAAUAUAAGAUAACAGAAGAAGGACUGGCUUUAUUUUAUUAAAAUGUGGUGAAAUGUGCUGAAAAGGGGGGUUUAUAUGUUUUGCUUGAUGCAGUCUGCAUAAAGUUAAAAGAUUCAUACUAAUGAAACAAGUUUUUAAAAAGUGACUUUUAAUUUGAUUCAAUUUUAUGUGAUAAAUUAUGGUAAAGAAUUAGAAUAAAAUUAGGCUAAGAAGUUUAGGUAUUCAGAUUCUGCACCAUGUUUUUUCAAAGUAACUUAGUAAUGUUAUUAGUAAAGUAACUGGAUUACUUUCUUGGAGAAGUAAUCACAAACUUGAGUAACACUGACUACCAACAUAUUAAACAUAAAACAUGCACUGAUAUGGAUACUUUAAUGAAUAAAAUACCCCAAAAGUGCUGUCUGGAUGCACAUCUUGCAUAUAAAACUCUGAUAAAGUGCCCUGAAAUCAGAUCAGCUGUAAAAAAAAAAAAAAAAAAAAGUUGUUUGUUAUAUAUUAUAUUUCUAUGUAAUUUGGUUUUAAUUGCUGUUUGAAAUAAUAACAGAUAAGAACUUCGUAGAGUCUAAACUUUAUGCCUGUAGUGUUCAUUUUUUGACUAUUUUGUCUUGAAUUUCCAUGACUUCAUGUUGCAUUUUUAAUCACCAGAUUGCAGGAGAAGAAAGUGUCGGAUACUUUCUGAAAAACAAAAGUUCCCUUCUCUCCGUCUUUUCCCAGCCUCACAGUUUGACAUUUCCAGAAAACCUUUUGUUCCCAGUAAGUGUUGAGAAAUGCGCUCGCUGUAACUGCUAAUUUAAAAAGUCUUUGUGAAAAUAAUCAAUAGUGCAAACUAGCACAGCUGGAGUGUGUGAGCGCUCACACACACACUCUCUAUACAUUUGUCUCGAUUCGUGUCUCUGCCCCCACAGCAUUCACACGUUUGUGCAUUCACACGCUACUUCAUCACUCGGCGAUGACACCCCUCACCUCGUUUUUUUAGUUAUUGUGUCACCCACCAAUGACAGUCUCUGCAGCUAAAUUCAAUCAGUGAAGCGAGAGAGAGCUGUGACCACGGAGAGGCGAAGCAGUUUCUUCAUGUUUGGUCGGGUUAAAUCGACUCAUUCUGCACGUGAGGCCCCGACACACACUACCUGUUCGAGCCGGCGCCUUCACAUAAUCAUCAGGGGUCCUGUGGGAUCAAACGCAGGUUGCAAAAAGCUGCGGGGUCUGAAUGCAAAUGAUGCAUCAUACAUAAACAUGUUUGGGAUUCAUCCUGCAGGGUCCAACGUGAAGAUAAGCCAGCGGUUUGUGUUUAAGAGUGAAUUUUCGAGGCAAAUGUCAGACACUCCUGCAGCGCUCUGCUAUAAAAUAGCAAUUAUGUGAGAAAACAGCAUAUUCUGCAGCUUUUUGUUUCAGCAAAUUAAACAAGUGUCAUGAUUGAGAGUCUCGGUUUGUUCAGAGGGCAGAAAAGGCUGAAAAUUACAUUUCCUCUCACCGAGGCUUUGAAAGAAAACGAUCAUGUCAUCUUUCAGAACGUCUCUUCAAAGUUUUCACCCGUAUCAGAAUCCAGUCAGUCAUGAGCGGCGGAUUACAAUACUUUAUAAUGAGCUGCUUCUGUACCUGCAGAAACCAAAGACUCUUUAUUAUCUGCCUCCGACAAAAUGGAUGUCUCUACUGUGAAGCCGCACGCCGCCUCUCUGUGCUGCAGGCGGGCAGGAGAGGGUGCCACACGAAUCUGGCAGUGGCACGGCAGCCCUGUCUGGAGACAAGGUGAUACGGACUGGAAAUAAUGAGCGUGAAAGAAAGAGUUAAGAGGUGCACUCAUGCACAAAUUUUCUGCACAUUAAAACGCCAGCUUGGCCUUGCGGAAAGGUCAUGUUAUUCAAUCAGGACGUGAACCAGUGCAAAUGGGAAGCGGGAGGAGCUGCAGAUAAUGCAUGUAGGUACACAGCUCAGUGUCUGUGCUCCACUUCAUUAACUUUGAUCAUUCCUGAUAUCAUGUCAGAAGGCGACAGAUGACAUCUGACUGCUGGCAAGUUUGAGGGAAGGGCUUUCCUUUGUAGCGAUUUCGCAGCAUCCAGCCUUCUGCUUCCACGUCUGAAAUAAUUAUCGGGAUGCACUUCAAACAACUUCAACAUCAAGCCUUCAAUUACUGCUGUCUCUGCUGCUCUCGUUUUAAUUCCCCUCUUUAUAAUCCUAUCAGCGCGGACUGUGUGCCUGGGUGGCCUUUAUCGCCAGUGAAAUUUCCUCUGUUGAUUCGCAGAAAACGGUUGUUUACUGUAUGCUAAUAGCGGCAUGUAAAUGAGCGCAGGUGUUCAGCUGCUGAGGCUUUGUUCUUCCCCAGGUUUGUCAGCAGAGGGGUGGGGUGACGAGCAUCUUGGGAUCAGGGGAUGUUAGUAGCAGGGAUGCGGGUAAAGGUGAAGCUGCCUGCUGAGCUCUCGGUGACAUCACGUGUCGCACAAACAGAAGCCGCGCAGUAGGCGCGGUGUCGCCACCUUUAUGAGGCUCCAUCCACCCUGAGGAUUUGACUCACACAUGCCCUUCUCCCUGACCCCUAUACCCCCUCCAUCCCCACCCCCUCACCUCAGUGUCCAAUUACAGCCCACUCUCAUUAGCACAGUGUCUCUCCAGCGAGAGCCUUUGAAAGGGCAGGGGGAAUGGCUGCUGCCGCCGCAACAAAGCCGCCAACACCAGAUCUUUCAAAAUCCGAGGAAAGAGUGAAAAAGGCAAGUGCAGGCAGGACUUCUCAUUAUAGAGUGGUGUAGAAGGUGAGGGAGGGGAGGAGGAGGACGUCACUCUCUGUGCUGAGUGUCAUGUUAUCUUCUCGCUCUCUUAACAGGACUGACCUCCCACCUGCCCACAAACCGGCCCCGCCCCCGCCCAAGAAGAAGAACAGCGACAUGAAGGGACACCUGACAUCUGAUGACAUCCAGGUAAGAGCCGCCCUCGCCACUUUUCCUGUGACUCACAAACAUCGCACAAGCUGGUUUGUCAGGGUUGAUACAGAGUAGGGAAGAAAAUAAAUACAGCGUAGUGUCGAGAUAUUUUUUCCGGUGAUGUAUCGUAAGUAUUGAUUUCUUUUUUUACUUAAUUGCUAAUAUGAAGUCAAAUCUACGAUAAUGAGAAAAUAAAAUAAACUGUUCGUCCAGUGAGGUUGGCAGAGGCGAUAUUAUAAAGCAGGAGAAAGUUAGUACAACAAAUAUAAGGUUUGCAUGAUGUGCUACAUGAAAAUAAAAUACAGCGUAAAUGAGACAAACAUAAAGGAAAGACAAAUGCUAAAUUAGCUAAACAGCUGAAAAAAUUGUAUAAAUCGCAAUGUGUUGAAUCGCAAUAAUAUAUUGUGGCCGAAGUAUCGUGAUAUUAUCGUAUCGUGACCCAGGUAUCGUGGGGCAACUAGUGAUUCCCAACCCUAAUAUGGAGUUUCCUUUUUUCAACAUCUAAAGUGUUUUUUUCUGUUGUUGUCAAUUCAACUUUGAAAACUUGUUUCAAACUGAUUUUAAUCUUUUUGAUUUUAAUUCAUUUUUUAAAGUAGAGAAUUGUGCAGCAAACAAACUGUCAAACUGGUUUUGUGUUACAAAGUGACGCAACAUUUUGUAAGUUUUGUCUGUUUUUAAAAAGCAAACACAGUGUGAUACACGGGGCAGAACUCCAGAGGCAAAUGUCACAAAGUUGACUGAAAGGAUGGAGAAAAAAAGAUGGAGGAUUUGAGGGGAAAUAACUCUUCACCAGCUUGUUAAGUCAGUAAAUUUUGGUAAUCUCCUUUUGGUACAGGACUUUUUGGUUGUUCGCCCCGAUUCUUUAACUGGAAGCCCAAAAACAAACCAGAGAAAUCAUCAUUUCACAGAUAUCAAAUUUAUUAUUAUGAAAGGUGUGGAUUUUGUCUUUGAGGUGUGUAUCGAUUGUAGCAGACCUAACUUUCAUCGGGUUCGGAUUCAUCGGGUUCCUGUUUCUCAAGUUAAAUGUCAUCCUGUUCUGAUUCAAUGAGAACGAACAGUAAGUUAAAUAAAAACCAUAAGUUUGGUGGAAAGUACAAAUCUAAAGUGAACAAAGCAAAGCCAAUUAUAACACCAGAACAUAGGAAAUUAAGCAUCCGGAGGUUUUUUCAUCCUAUAAAGCUCUCCCAGUGUUACUCAACCUCCUCUCUCCGCUGCGUCAUGUCACACGGUGUUUUAAACAAUCCGGUUAGAGUGAAAUUAGCCCAGAGUGACCAUAUUCCACAUUCAGAACGACUUUUUCUCCAAGGGGACCGGAUAAAAUGUUGCGUAAUUACUGCAUAAUUACUGAUACCACUUAAUUUCCUGUAGAGUCAUGCUAAGUCAGUUAUUGAAAACGUAUAUUCUGACGCCAUGCUGCAGAGGACGUUUAAAAAAUAUUUUUUUUAAACUGGUUUUUAAAAAAAAGAGCAUAAACGAACUCAUAGUUUUAUGAUUUUUAUAGUCUUUUAUAGUAUAUCGUUGCUUUUUAUUAAAUAUAAAGUACAGGCUUAAAAGCACAAGUGUCUGAUAAACAGAUUGUUCAUCCUUUAACUGCAGAGACUGAGACAAAAUGAAAUAUCAGCAUGGAGUGGAUUAGUGAGAAGAGUUCACUGAUAAAACCGUUUUCUUAAAUCUCUGAUCUGUGAGGAAAAAAGGGAAAUACUCCUGGUGUUCAAACCUCCACAGAGAUACUGCUCUGAUGUACAAACAUGCAGCUAACUCUGAGGUGUGUGUGUGUGUGUGUGUGUGUGUUUGUGUGAGUGUGUGUUUGUGUGUGUGACCUCCCGGUGAACUUUUAUCCCUUCAGGGUAUAAGAGGCAGUAAACACUUUAGACAGAGUCUAAACAUCCCUGCUAAAAACACACAGGAGGCAUGCAGAGCCAGGAAACUUCAAACCUCAAACUUUCAUUUAUCCUCCUCAUAUUCCUGACAUGUGGAGUGAGAUAUUUUGGACUUUAAUUUAGCUAUAAUAGUUCUAAUGUGGCCUUUAGCUCCUCACAUUCAUAGAUGUUGAUGGGCGAUAUCUGAGAGUAGUUUUGGAGCUUUGGACAGAGCUGUUGUCCAAGUCCCGUGGAUCCAGGACACACAGAAUUGGUUGAUUGUUUUGGUUUGUGAUAUUCCAGGUCAACCAGGUGAGAAACAGCAGAGAGAUGUAAAAGAGCGUUCACACCAAGCACAAGUAAAAUCAUCUACUCGCUUCAUUCACGCGAAUCUCAAUGAGCGAAUAAAUAGUAUUUACUCGCUUCAUUCGCGCGAGUAAUUCGCUCUAUUCGCGACAAUGAUUUAAGUCCAUUCGCGCGAUUCGCAUCAAUAGACUGCUUAAAAGCUGUGGAUAGCUGUUUAUGCUAACUUCAAAUGUGGUCCUUGCCAAUUCAACAGGUAGAAUCAAGUGAUAGACAACGUAGUUCUUCUGCCUUAGCGUCUCGGUCUGAUUGUAUUUCCAUGAGGAGAUGAUCACAAAAGGUGACAAAAAAGCACCUGGAUUUCCAGCUGUAUUUUCGGGUUACCCGAACCCAAUUUGACAACCUGUUGGUGAGCCAGUGCCACGAUAGCCCUCCAGCAUACCGAUUAUAGAUGCUCUAUCCCAGCUGCAGAGCGCCUGUCCACCCGUCUACUUUGAGUAAAAGGAUUUGAUAUUUUCAAACCAGAAAACAUCUUCCGGUCCGUUUUCAUACGUCACCUGGGGACCUACGUGGUGAUUGGUUAUCACGACGCAAAUAUCCGCUCAAGAUUAGAUAUUUUCAACUCUUAUGAAUUUGCGUCAUUCAUGGAAUUCGCUCUGCCAGAGUAGUCCGAGCUUUCAAUCGCGUCUCUACAUUGACUUAACAUGUAAUUCAUUCGCGCGAAUGACUUUACUCGCCCUCGGUGUGAACGCCUCUUAAGAGAGGAUGCUUCCACCAACAGUAGCAGAGGUGUGCAUGAUUUUAUCAGUUCAUGUAAACUGGGAUGAGAACAGCAGUGCAGGCAAAUCCUCAGCUGUAAGAGCAACUCGACUUGCUGAGUUGUGCACCACAAACUUAAUGCAUCUGAAAGUGUUCCAAAAAAAAACACAGCCUUUCUUUAAUAUUUGGCCCUGAGUUUGUGUCCGAGAUUCAAGGACAAUAUCCUCAUAACAAAACACAAUCCUCUCAGGAUAUUAUUUUAAGGAGUUGGAAAACAAAUGCACUACACUUUCUAAACCGUGUGCAUUAAACUAUAGGUCUGGUGCAAGAGUCCGGGGAGUUUGCAGUGAGUUUGCUGAGACCUCUGCUAUUGUCAAGGACUGUGUUGCAGGAUAAUUGGCCGCUCCAAAUUGGGGAGAUAACGUGUAAAAAAAAACUGAGUGAUUUGAAUGUGAAUAAUUGAAGAUUCACCUAACCUCUGAGCUGGCCACAGCCUAUCAGCACUUCUGAGAUUUUAAAUCCAACUUUAUGAUAGUCUUUAUAGCUCCAAGGUCAGACUCCUGGACAGCUGGGCAGAGAAAGUAAUAGAGGAGGGGGAGGUAAUGUCCUCUCCUCCCUGAACGAGUACUGCAGAGGAGUGCUUGAGCAAGGCAGCUAAUGCCAACCUCUGGUGAUUAGUAGAAAGAUGAGGCUUUAAUAGACACUUAACAGGAUUUAAUGUGCUCCCUUUAAUGGCUGGAGCUCCUUUAAAAUAAUAAAGCUGCAUGCUCAGCAAGCUCUCAUCCACGAAUAUAUAAACCUAAGCAAAAGAGGAAAAUAUCACAGACGGUUCAUGGCAUGAUGGGUAAAGUCUGCAUGAAGGAACAAUUAUCACUGAUGCAUAAACAAGAAGCCUGAGUGUCAUAGGAGAGGGCAUGUGCACAAGAGGAUGGAUGUAAUAACAGAGGGGUUUCAAGGUCUGAGGUUUUUCUGUCUAUUUCAGCCCAAGUAAAAUCUGCACAAAAGACUGUGAUGUAACACCGACCGGCCCCUCGAACACUGAGUCAUGAUUUAUUACAUCAUGAGUCUCAAUGUGACCCAAAAUGCACCGUAUCAGGAUGAACCGAGCAACUAUUUUAGAGCAAAAGCAGCAGAAGAAAAAAACGGCUUUUUGUGGUUAAGUUUCUGUCAGUCCUGAGGAAGGAGUGAGACUUCAACAGCUGCAGAUGAUGUCCAAUAAAAACACAGAUCACAUAACCUGAUUUAAUGUGUGUUUACAUGCACUUUAUCAAAGAGUUGAUAUAUGACAAGAAUCAAGUUGGAGUUUUAAUUGACCUAUUUCGAAGGAUUUUGAGCCAACGUAAGAGCAGCCAGAACCAAAACGAGGAACGCGGAGCAUCCGGUGAUUAUCACACAACCUCUCUUCAAACUGGACUCCGAGUUUUUAGUCUUUUCAGAGUUUCUAAUUUUCACUAAUGUGCUAAAAGACGACUUAUUAAGUCUUUUAUGAAACCGUCUUUGAAGCACUUUGUUUACCUCAUAACCUUCAUUUUUAAGCAGGUGGUAAGCUACUCGUCAGCAGUAUCCUCCUUAAAAACAGCAGAACUGUUGACUGUUGAAACAUCAUGACUUUAUUCUCGUAGGAUAGCGACUUCAUUCCUCAAACAUAAUAACUCUCAAAAUUCAGCUUUUUCUUGUAAAAUUCUGACUUUAUUUCUCAACUCUUAACAUGUAGUUUUUCCUCAUUGUGGCUCUUAAUGCUCCUUAAUUAACUUUUACAACAGUCUAACAUUUAAUUCCCUUUAACAUUAAAGGUGGGGUAGGCAGGUAUCGGUUAAAGAAGCAUCUUUUUCUGUGGUGUAUAAACAAUUAGUAUCAGUCAAUAGUUAUUACUUAUUGAGGACAUUUGGUAAUAUAACGAUAUCUCUGUGUUCUCUUAUGAGUGGCCGGCUUUUUCACAUCCACAUCAAGUUUACAGCAGUGUUAAUAGUCUCAGAAGUAAACAACUUUGUAAAAGUGCUGGUGUCUUUUUCGUGAUUUAGAUCAAACAAAAAUGAACAAUAAGAAAUGUUCAAAAUGAAGAAUUAAUGUCAGAGAUCGUUAAAUAUAUAUAUGCAUCUGCAAAUCAGGCAGUUUAGCCCAUUUUUCUCUUUGCUAGUAAGUUUGUUUUCCUUCCUUCAUUUUAAGAGCUCCGUCUGGAUUAGAAAUUAACCACACACAGUGACGUACAGGCAGCAGGUAAAGCAGUUUAUCACAUAAUUGAACUUGGAGCCUGAUGGAGUUGGAUAUUACAGCUUUAUUUCACCAUGAGUUGCUAGGUGACACGGCUGGCCUGGAGAAAUUGGCAGCAUUAUGGUUUCAUCAUUGCCCAAUGCACAGAGCAACAGCGGCGUCGCAGCCAAAGUAUCGACUCCUGCUCUCGCUACAUCACAAACACUCGCCGUGUGCGUCUGAGCGAGCCAAAAAACCACAACAAGCGUGCAGGAGGCUGACGUCUUUCUGCUGCAAACGGGCGUCCUCUACGGAGGUCUGCUCACCGUCAUUUCACCCCUCUGCUUUAGAUUUCUCACCUUUUGUUGUGAUAUGAAUGAACACGCACUUUGAGCGUUUUCACUGUCAUUCAAACUCAUCUUUGGACGUUCAGACCGAGGAUCAAACUGCUUUUUUAUUCCCCAGACUGAGCGGCGCAGAGGCGAGGAGCCGACGCGCUUUGUUCAACAUCUUUUAUAGAAAUCUCACAUUUGUGACGUUAUUGUUCCCGCGUCUCCCAUUUAUUUUCUUCACCUUUAUUUCCUCUCUUUUGGUCCGGAGAAACUUUAAUAAAGGUUUUCAUUUGAAUUUGUCAUUAGAAAAAUUAAUGAAUUCCAGCCCUGUCAUGAAAUGUGUAGACAGAGUCUGUUAUGAAUGUACCCCCCAAAACCCUUAAACGGUACUUAGCUGUCAGCGGCGUCACCUUUUAUUGUGGUUAUCAUAGAGUUUGACGGAUCAAUUAGGAGCAUGCUGUGCAGAGACUUUCAGACCAGCUACCUGAGAGAGGAAAAAAACCAGAGGACCUCUCUGACCCCCUACAGUUCUCUGAAGUGCUGCAAAAAAAACUCCAAACUGCUCCUUGAAUUUAAAACCAAGGACUUUAAAUUCAGACUCCAGCCUCCACAAUACCACCAGUCAUGAAAAACUAAAGCCACGCAUGCAUCUGUGAUUUCUUGUUUUUCUGUCUCUUGAAGAAAAUAAAAAAAGCCUUGGGUUACACAGAAGUAGAACGUGCAGUUUUCAGUUGUGACUCAUGUUGUUUUGAUGUAUAUAUUUAUUUAAAGAGGAACAGGAUUAACUCCAUCUUCAACCAACAAGUUCCCAUUUUAGCACCAGAGAAAAAAUAUGCAAAAAUAACGUUUUUGGGGAGGGUAUCGCAAUUUUUCGUUGUACAAUUUUUAAACUGAUUUUUUUUUUUUUUUUUUUUUUUUUUUUCAAAUGUAAGAAGAAAUCUUCAAAACUGACUUACAUGUGGUGUGUAUUUUUGGGGGAUAUAUGGUUCCUGGAAUAGUCAGUAGACAAUCAUAAUCAUUCAAAUGUUUCACUGGUGUUAAAAAUGCAGACUAAAAAUCGAGAAAAUUGACAAUAUCGUAGAAUCGCAAUUUAAACCGAAUCGGCAUCCAGAGAAAAGCAUAGUGUCCCUGCCCUAAUUACUAUUCUACUUAUUUGCCCCUUCAGCCCUUUUUAGUUUUCCUCUUUGGUCCUUUUUUUCAUGUCAUUUUUGCAUGGUGAGACCUUUUUGGCCACAGAGAGCGCCGCCACCUGGUCAAAAUUAUGGUUUUCUGACUUUUCAAAGUAUGUGUCGAAGCUGUCGCAAACUGCGAGGAGCGAAGAAUUUCUGAGCUGUCGCAAAGAUGGCUAGUAGAGGAAGUGACAUACAUUUCGCACAUGCGCAGUACAAAUCAGGUUUCCAGGACGGAUAGGGUAGCGGCACAACCUUCCUGUGCAACAUUACAGCGCCACUUACUGGCUUGGCAUAUGCACUACAUCGUUUUCAGUGGUUUAGUUUUGAGAGAUGAUAGAAAAACUCAUUUUAAAGUGAAGUUUGGUGAAGUUGUCACUGAAUAAAAAAUCGAAAAUGAAGUUUUAAGAGAAAAAAUCUGGAUUUUAUUUUUAGCUAAAAUCGUGCAGCCCUACAUUCACACCCUCUCAGAGUCCGCUGUGUCCUAUUGUGAGUCUGGACAGAAGGCUAAAUCGACGUGCAGGUCUCUGAAGGUUGAAGCCUUCUUACAAUGACAGAAACUCACAGUGAAGCCAAAGAUGAACAAAAGUUCUCAACAGGUUCAUAUCAACACAAUGAAGACUAAAACUGCAGCUUGUGCAAAGUGGCCGUCUUUGCUCGUAUGAAAAGCUCUAUCGAUCUUGUAGCUGUGCUAUUUUUGCACCGUUCAGCGCUCGGUGAAACUGAAAAUGAAAAACAAGAGAGAGUGAGUCCACCAGGUAAUAUCACAGACACAGAUGAAACAGCCAAAUAUAUUUUAAUUCUUAUUAAUAAUAAUCAAAUUAGUAAAACAAACAAGAAGGUACCAAUGAGGAGGAGCAACCUCAGAAGAUGGAUCAGUUCUUUCUAAAGUAGUCUUAGUGGUUCAGAGAGGAUCUCAGUGACAUGAAUCCCCUCACUGGAUGUUGAUCUGAUUCUGGGGUCAGCUAAAAGGUUUUCACCGGUCGACUCCAGGAGCCGGAUCAGCUGUAGACUGUGAGCGGGUCAGAGGACCUGAACCGCGGAGUGUUUUCUGGAGUAAAAACAGGGUUUCCAAAGUGAUUCUGGAUUAAAUGGAAAGGAGGUGAGGUUUUUUAAGAAGCAGGUGUCUGGACUCUGAAUUCGCUGAAGCCUGCAGUUUGUGGAUCGGUCUGUGCAGUAAUGCGACUUAGAUUAAAUGAAAGCAUAAAUUAAUAAUGAAGCAUCUGUUUGGGAGAAAAUUUAACGACAAAAUAAACCAUUACUGCAGAACUGCUGAUAGUUUAAAGUAAAAUGAGGACGUUUUAUUCCCCGAGUUAGAGAAGGUGUGUCCUGGCACAGAUCUAAACCUGCACAGUCUGGAGGGAGGCGUCAUUUCGUUGUUUCUCAUAGAAGAUUAGCAGAAAAGGGUUGAGGUUGUACGAAGCUUCACCCGCACACUGACCGCCAUUCAUCCGUUUUUAUACGUUAGUGUGAACCCCCUGCAGAUCCUCACAGUAACUCAGUCGCUCACCCGAACAGCUUUUACAGAAGCUUCAGAAGUUCCUCUCUUGCAGAAGUUUGCGUCAGACCUUUGUGCGAUACGGAGGAGAUUAAUUUGACACAAUAACUUUGAUGCACAUAUGGAGUUCAGCAGAGCGGCUAAAGUUCAGACUCCUGUCAGACUGUAUUUCUUGUCAGAUUUCACAUCUUGUUUCUGCUCAUUACCACAAAAAUCGUGAGAAUAUGAAGAAGAAGAGAAACUGGAGAAUAGUCUUCUGCAGCUUUCUCUGAACUAUGAAAGUUCAUUUUCAGACGUUAAAGACACUAUGAGGAGUUUUAGACUGAGACUGAUCCUCCUCAUGGGAGUCAGACCAGAUUUAUGAAGUUGAUUUUUACAGAUAAUCUGCUUUAUACGAGUGACUCUGAGUUAGUUUAGUUUUGGAAAAAAAUGAAGACAAUCAAGAAGAUCCUCAAAGAGAAGAUCAGCUUACAUAAAUGGACAUUUAAUAUUUAGAAAAAAAACCCUAAAUAUGAAUCAUUUUAGUGAAAUGGUUAAUAAUUAAGGGUGAUAUUCAUGAGAUUAUUUGAUUUACUUUAAUUAAACUUUGUUAUCUCAAUAUUUUUACAAACUCAUAAUUCUGAUUUGAAUAUCAUAGCUUCAAAUUAUAUUUUUAAAAAAAUCUUAAAAUUUUGUAUUUAUUUCACACAUUUAUUUUAUGUUUUUUUAACUAAGAAUAUUGACUUUGUCUUCAUUCUUUUUUUUACUUCUUUAUUUCAUGAAAAAGGUAUAAUAAUGAUAUUAUGUUUUCAUGAACAUUUGACGUUUUAUCUCAUUUUUCAGUUUUUAUCUCAAAAUUAUGACUGAUCAACUCACUUUCUUAUAGUUUUGACUCUUUAUUCUGUAAUUUCAACAUAUCAACUCAUAAUAAUGACAAACUUGUUUAUAUAGUUUUGACUCUUUAUUCUGUAAUUUCAACAUAUCAACUCAUAAUAAUGACAAACUUGUUUAUAUAGUUUUGACUUUUUAUUGCAUAUUAACUCCUAAUAACAACAAACAUUUUGAUAGUUUUGACUUAUUACAUGAUUUCAACAAACUAACUCCUAAUGAUAAAAAAAACACAUUAAUCAAUCAAUCAAAUUUUAUUUAUAUAGUUCCAAUUCACAACAGUUGUCAUCCCAAGACGUUUUCCAAUAACAGGAUUGACUUUUUGUCUUACUCUUACAGUGUACUAUCAUCCCAUAAAUAUAACACACUGUCUUAAAGUUUGAUCUUUUAUUGAUGGCUUAAUUGUCAUCAUAAUCUUUAUAUGCGAUCUUAUGAUUUUGACUUUCAGCUUUAAUCAGAAUUAUGACUUAAUUUCUCAUUAUAGACAAACUAAAUUAUAAUUUAACCUUAUCUCAAAAUUAUAUCUUAAAAUUUUAAUAAUUCAGGUCAUUUCAUAUCUUUUUUCUUCUCAUGAUUAUGAUGAUUAAUAUUUUUUAUUAAAGCUAGAGUCUCUUUUGUUAAACCAGAGUAAAUCUAAACUGAAGUCCCUCCUACGCUCUGUGAGAGAGCGUGGUUGUUUAUGUGACGUGGUCGUUGAAACGGCGCUCACGUCUGUUUAAAGUGGUUGACCUGCCUCUUUAGUGAAGUUCAUUACGAGUCUCUCUGAGCUCUCCGUGUCGUCCUCCUGCAGGUGGUUCAUCUGGACAAGGACGAGGAAAUGCAGAAGCUCCCUCUUCAGCCUCCUUAUUACGACAUGGCGCCCUCCGAGUCGACCCCCUUCACUGAUAAGCCGGUGAGUGGUGGCGCCACGAGCGGGUUCAGAGGAGCGUCUUUUAUGAGCGGGGGGGUCAUCCGCAGACGCUGCCUUCGGUGAAAAAGGUUGAACGGUCUGUGGUCUGUUUUCGCUGGCAGGUAUUUGAGAAUUGAUUUGCAAAUGUGACGCGUCCUGAAUGUCAGCGAGGAUCCGGGGUCUAAAAAUGGACCUGAGCCGUUCUAACGAGCAGACCAGUAAAUCCACGGGGCGCUCAGACUAAGCUCCUUAUCUCAUCAUUUCCAUCUCUCACUUUUUCUGUCUCACUCUGACGUCGCCUCUGUGAGCGUGUGGAUGUGUUAACGUAGUUUCACCUUUCGACCUCACACCCAUUACCUGCUCUGCCCUCCGCCUCCCCUCCACUCGCUCUCUAAUCAAUCAUAAUUAUGUGUGUGUUUGCAGUGGGACAGCGUGCAGAUUAAUUGCCGUGUGUGCUCUGCAGUACAUCGUCUCUAACUGUUGGCUGUGAGGAGUUUGCCGUGUUGUAUCAGAGGCCUCUGCUAACUGCGCCGUACUCCCCCCUUUAGUGCCAAACAUGCUGCAGUCUCUGAGGCGUUAUUUGCUUUGGCUGCAGUCUCAGCUUUGAGUUAAAGAAAAAUACAACUCUGGAGCUCACAGACAGCUUGUGUGCACGUGUGUUAGUCUCUGUGUGUGUGUGUGUUUAUGUGCCGCAGAAAUCUUUUGGGGUAGUAAAUGCAGCAGCCGUACAGUAGCAGACAGGAAGAGUCUGUUUUAAAUUAGUAUCACCAUCGCUUACUGUGCUGCUAAUGAAGGUGAGGAGUGUCAUGCUGCCUGUAAGAAGGAAACAUCUGCUGAAGGCGAGGAGAGGAGAGUAUGACAGGGGGCAGGAGUGCAGAAAGUGACGACAGGAACCUGUAAGGUGUUUAUCUGUGGUACAGAAACUGUUAUAUCAUUUUAAAUUGAUGUAAAUAUUCAAUCAGGAUUGACAUUAAUGAGCUCAGAUCUUCAGCUGCUUUAUUUUACAGUCGACAAAUUCAGUGUGGGGACCAGAACCGACCGAAAAUGAACCCUAACAAGUGUUUUUAUCAGUGAUGUGGACGUAUAAGAAGAAGUAGCAACAAUUAUGUAAACCAAUUAAGGCUGAACGAUAUAUCCAAUAAGUAGAAUCCUCCUUGUCCAAGAUCAAACCUGCAAUAAUCAUCUGAAAUCACUUAAACAGCAGGUGUGAUGUGAAAUUCAUACGCAGAAGAAAACAUUUGCAGAAACUAUUGUUUUCUUGGGUCAUGUAACCAUGGCGACAGAGUAAUUGAUAGAGGAGGAUAACAACUAUAGAGGUUUUGGUCUCUUCAUGAGGUUUGUUGACUUUAUAUGGAAAACUAAAACAGCACCAGCUUUGCACUUAAAGUUUAGCAAACCUACAAUAGUCUGCAGAAGUCCUUCAGUUUGUCCUCCAUGUUAAUCCUGUUAAAUAUGAACCUCCACAUGAUAAAGUUUGAGAGCUGCUGUUAACGUUCCUCGGCACAGUCUUAGUUUUGGGUCGUUGCAGAAGUAAGGUAAGAGAACAGGUGCUUUGUAAACCCAGCAUAGAUCCAGCUGCAUAUUAAGUUUUUCUUUGAAACCUCACCGUCAGUCUUCUCUUUGUCUCACACGCCUGGAUCUUUCUGAGUUAAUGGAUAUUUGGUUUAACUGUCCGGUCCGUUCACACAGGUGUUAAAGUUUUACGAGUCUUGGACCGGCUGAGCGAUCAUUCCUGCAGUCGAGACCUGAUCUGCUUCAUAAACGUCCUGCUCUGUCUGUGUUGAACUUGUGCUUUUUAAAUCGCUCAUCUUUUCCCACUAAACUUGCAGGGAUGACUUAAUCACCGACCGGCUCCUUCGCUGCUUGGAUUGAUUUUGAUUUUUUGCUUCGUUUUUCAAGGAUAUUAAAUGAUCAUCUUCAAGCCUACGCUCAGAGGAACGGGGUGUUUAAUUCUGAUAAUCUUUGGACACAGAGGGUAGAUUCUCCUCAGAUUUAUGUCUUAUCUCUGAUAAAACUCCUCUUAAAGUGAAGUUCAGGCGGCUUUUAAGAUGAAUCGGGCAUCACUGAGGUUCUCGAAACACUAUUUGUGAGAGACAUGCAUUGACUGCUGAUCGUCGAGUGUUACUAAUGAUGAUUCUCUCGGGGCAAAACACUAUCUGCCAAUUUUGGAAUGCAAUGUAGCUGUAAUUUUCCCCUUGAUUGCUCCCUGGUCAUGACAAAUAUCACAUUUAUAUAUUUAAAUAUCCAGCACAUGCAGGCGGUGGAUCUGAAUCAAUAAUGUGAGACUCUGUAAUCAUUUCUGUGUAAUCCUUUCUCAGGUGAAAUGUGGUGCACAGAUGUGUUGGGAGAGCUGACAGGUAUCAUCUCAUUGCAGUUCCUCCCUCACAUACAUACAAACAGGUCGGCUGACAUCCCCGCUGUGCAUUCGCCGUCAUUACCGCCUCACUUUUUACGCCAUUUUCAUUACCAGGAACAAGCCCACAGACUAACAGGAGAGAUAGGACCAUUUGAUCCAAUCACCGCCUCGCUCAUGUCGUCGUUUAGCCUCGCAGAAUGCAUAAAUACUCAGAAGCAGCGGCGGUAAAAGGAGAUUGAAGAGUCUUGCUCCUCAAAAUGAGCCGAAGGAAUUGGUUUGUGUUUUAUCUUCUGAUUCCUGGAGUCGAUCGGCGGUAAUUCGUCUUGUCAGCUAUGAGAACAUCAGUGAAAUCUGGUUCCUGUUUGUCCUCCUCUGAGCUGAAAACCGUUUGUAGUUUCAUCUCGACACGUUUUAUUCUUUUGAUCGGACUGUAGAGAUCCUCGAUUACAAAAGAGUUGGGAUGCAAAAUACAAAUAAAGACGGAUCCUGAUGAUAUACGUAAGAAAAUAGUUCAAGGUUUCAUCAGUAGACCAGGGAAGAGUUGUGUAGGAAUACCACCAAACUAAAACAGGUUAGUAACAUGGCUGGAUAUGUAAAAACUUAAAUAUAGUGUUGCAAAGAAAUUAGGAAUUUUAUCGUCUACAUUUCAUAACAUUAACAUCAUGUAAAGGAAGAAACAAACAAAAAAAACUGUGUUGCUAAGAUCUUCAGACCCUAAUGCAUUAAAACAGACAUGACUCUAGAGUGGAAAUCACCACAGGGGCACAAAAUAACCUCCAAGAUCUUCUCCUUCUAGAGGAAUCUAUUCGUCCAGGAAAUCACGAACGUCACUUCCUCCAUCCAGCUUGUUAUCAGAUCAAAUAAACAGUCCAUGUAGGGCUGCACGAUAAAAUCCCAGUUUAGAUUUUUUAUUCAGUGACGACUUCACCAAAUUUACGUUAAUGGAUUAUAGUUUAAUGUUCUUAUCUGGUACUGGCCCCGCCUCAGUACAUGCUAUCAUGACAGACAGACAUCUCAACACUAGAGUCUAAUCAGAACUGAAAAACACUCAGUCUGCUGUUGGCUCAGUCUUCUCGCUUCCGACCGGGACGCGUCUUUUUUCCCCGGAAAAUCACAAAAUCGAGUCCGGCUUGAUGUGUAUAGUCAGGCACGUCAAAGUUCGCCUCUGAAUAUUUCGUAAUUUCGCGUAAUUUGCCUCGGUCCCGGUGUGUUAUGACCUUUACGCUGUGUGUCACAUGAUCGUUUCCAGAGAUGCAGAUAGACAUCCACACAGAGAUGAAAUGGUCGUUGUUUACAGAUUUAUUCACUCUCUGACCCGUUUUCAAAAAGUACUGAAAUGCUGAUAUGACAAAAAACUUUAGCGUUUCCUCCUGAAUUCGUUUCCGUGGGGACGGGUUGAUACCGCCUUCAGACAGACUUUGCGGCAGGGAGUGGUUUACUCUUCAUCUGAAACUGUGAAGUCGUACCAAUUCAACACGACUGACUCGCUCUUGUCCUAUUUAACCACAAAAUUAUCACCUUCUUUUAUAAACGCCAUGUUGGUUUACAGUGGCCUGAGGAUCUAAAUUUUUUAACAUCGUCAUAAUUAAAUAAUCAGAUCAUAAUUUAAAAUGGAUGAAUCGUGCAGCCCUAGUCUGGUCCAAACUUUUUAGUAUCAAAUUCAAACUGAGCGUCUGAUUUCCUAAAACAUCAACUUUUGUCUGUUUCGUCUUCACAUUAUUUUUAUGAACUGAAGCGUUUAAAUCAUCUGGAAAUCAUCAGAUCCUGUUUUUAUUAAACUGCCUCCUAUCUUUUUUAACCUGAGGGUGAAUAAAUCUUAAUAACUUUAACAAAAAUAAAGGCAGAUGAAAUCAAACCCUGUUUUGCCUGAUUGUCGCCCUGUUACCUUGUUGUCUCUUUAUUUCGUCCUUCAGCUCCUCCCGUCUUUAAACACUCUCAGCGCUCCUCUCCUCAGCGAUCGUCAUCAUCUCUCACAUCAUUAUUAACACUUUCUCUCUGAAUCUCCGGUGUGAAGCAGAAGACAACAAUCGGAGACGUAUUUUCGAGGAUAAUCAGCGCUGAAGGCCCUCAUUGUCAUGUAUUGAUCGGCCCGUUAAGAUGAUUUGCUCAAUCAUCCACUCGGCCAACUGCUCAUCGAGCGAUCAAUCAGUCAGUCAAUCAUCGGACGUGUGUUUGUGCACGGUGGUCAGGAGUUAAAUGAAGGUCUUUGUCUGCGUUUACAUGCAUGCUGAUGUUUUCCGUACAGAAUCCUUUCCAGCACAGUAACCACAGUUAAAGCCACAAUCAGGGAUUUUAUAUUCAGUUUGUUCGCUCAAAUCCAAGUUUUAAAGUUGCAGUACUGCCCAAAACUUUGUGUUUUGGGGGUUUUUUGUUUAUUUCCAGUAAUUGUUUUUGUUGAAAUCCACUUUUCAUGCCUGUCCACUCCAAGUUCUGCAUCAUUUCUGAGAAACGUACACACGAGCAGCAGCAGAGCCGUGCGAACAGCUCCACCGUAAACACGCCGUAACUCAGAAGAAAUAAACACGAUUUUCUGAAUCAGGAGAAUCAUGGAAAACAUCUUUAUGUGCAUGUAAACAAAGUCCAAAGUCCUUCUCCAUGUCUGAAGCUUUUGUAUUAAUUUCUGUCCGACUGUUUUUGAUUUUCUGUUGAUGGUUUUUUUAUGUGUUUGUCUGAUUUUUUUUGAUUUACCUCUUCCAUGUGUUCUCACUCUCUAACACCGCUGCUCACAAACUCUGAACGUCCCCAUGACCAUCAGAUCUCUCCUCCCUCUUCCAGUCUCUCUCUCUCUCUCUCUCUCUCUCUCAUAUUUUUUUUGGCUGCCUCACUCCUCACACGCCUCUCGCCUCUCUUGUCCCCAGAACUCUGGCCACAAGGACUGUGAUGUCCAGUAUGCGGAGCUGGAUACUGCAGCUUUGGCCUCCUCUCCCAGCCCACGAAGCUCUGCUCACACUGGCCCUGGGGAUCUUGUCGAGUAUGCAACCAUCCAGCCUAGCUCACACUAGCGCAUGCCAUUAUAGGCCUUUCCCCUCAGACUUUGGCCUCAAGGUACACAGACUGAUGCACUCCUUCCCUCUCUUCUUCUUCUUCUUCUUCUUCACCUCCUUUCACACGCACAGACCUCUCCUCUAUGUGCUCCCUUGUCUCCCUCCCUCUUUGGUCCUUGACUUCAUUUGAUCUCCCCCCUCUUUGCUCUGCAGUACGCGGAGAAAUUCUCCGGCUUUUAUGAACACACAGCGAAGCACUCGCGACAGACGCGUGCAGAAAUGUAUGCACAUAAAUCAGCUGCUUCUAUUUCAGAUAAAGUCCUGCAAAGAGAGGCUCUUUUAGUGCAUGAAUCACCGCAGACGAAUCUAGAGAUAGCAUUCACCGUUAUUACAUUUCCUAGUCGUGUCAAUAACAGUAGAGAUUUAGCUGCAUGCCCACACUGCACGGAAAUCUACGAGGAAUGUUGAACCGCCCUCCGUGAAAUUGACUUUAUAGGUAGAAAGUUUCUCAGUGCUUGAGGCUGUUUUGAAGUCAUUUCCUAACUGACGGUGUCAAAAACCGAAGAUGCAUCAAUUUCUUUUUUUUACAAACAGAGUCAAGCGAAAUGUGUUUCCGAGCUGAUUACCACACUCCACAAUCCUGAUUGGCUAUCAGGGAAAACAAGCUCCCGUCUCCAAGAUGCUGCUCUGAUAUCUCACGGGAGAACGCCGCGGGGAGGAGGAGGGACCCUCCCAUCCCGCACAAACACAGUCCUCUGCAGCCCGUCAUUACGCACAUGCAGCAGAGGGGGGAUUUAAGGGGGACACAAAUGGUUGUGUCUCCCGGCUGGUCGGACCGGUUUCCGUAACGAUUCCUCCCAACGGUUAUUCUUCAGGCAAUUCAGGAGCUUUCUUCAGGCGAUCGUUGAGACCUGCUGGGCCGCUCUGCAAAGUGUGUGUUAUUGAAACAGCAAUUCUGCUCUCAUUUAGAGGCAGUUUCUUCCCCGAGACAUAACUGCACGAGUAAAAGAUAUUAUCGUGCAUCACGUCUUAAACGAAAAUGAAAUCAACAGCUCGAAUGAGUUGUUUACAUUUUCAAAGUUGAGUGAUACACGAUCUGAAUGAUGAGAGACGAAUGAUCGUGUCUUGAUAUUUUGAUUUGGAGCUUUUGAUUCACUUUCCAGGUGAGCCUCAGGUGUAACAGCUCCAAAUAGAGAGGAUUUCAGAGCGCAGGUUAACAGCAGGAGGUACAUUUACGGCGUCUAACCGGCUCCAAAGACAAAAAUCUUGACAUCAGUCGAUUAUAGGUGUGUGUGUGUUUUUAACCCUCAUGUUCUGUGAUGUUUCAAAGAAAAAGGAGACGACGGAUCGGUAAGUUUAGAUAUCUCCCGUUGGUUUCAAGGCAAUUUAUCUGCAUUUUUAUCUCAGUCAUUUCUUUCUUACUGUGACGAAACAAAAGUAACUGCAUUAUUAGAAAAAAAAAAGCAGACCUAAAGACAACAAGUCAUUUACAGAAGAGGAUAAGGGUCACUGGGGGAAAAAGAUCAAUUUUUUAUUUUUGUAUUCUGAGAAAAAAAGUCUGAAUUCUAAGUUAAAAGUCAGAAUUCUGACUUUAAUCUCAGAAAAAAAAUUUAUGUUAGACCUUUAUAAACUCUGUAUGUGGUUGGAGACGUGCAAAGAAAACAUCAAAAGUUGAACCUGGAAAGCUUAACGACAAGUUUGUGUGAACUAAAACGCUUAAAAUACCUCCGACAGGAACAACAAAUCACUAAAAAAAACUGCAAAAAAAUCACCUGAUGGAGCAUCAACCAAUGAAUAAAACAAACUCAGAGAGCUAGUUCAGGCAGGCAACUCCAGCCACUCUCACUGAAACUCGGUUAAUUCGCAAAAUGUUCACAAAGGGGUAUAACAGAGAGGUCUUCAGCGUCUCUGUCUGUGAGAGACUGUGUGAGCGAAUAGUUCAACAGUUUCAUGGUUACACUCCUGACAUAAGAUCCAGGAUUUUAUCAUCUACAGUGAAAUGUUUGUUUUUUAAAGGCCUGAACAAUCUUGCUCCACCAUGUAUCUCCGGAGUGCUCCAGACUUACUGCCCACCCCGACCCCUAAGAUCGGCUGAUCAGCUGUUGCUGACGGUCCCUAAAACAAAACUGAAGCUCAGAGGUGACGGAGCGUUUGCCACAGCUGCUCCCGAGCUGUGGAACGAGUCACACUUGACAAUCAGACAGGUCUCCUCAUUUCCUGUUUCUUAAAAACGCACUUUUACUCCUUGGCUUUUAACACAUUGUGGUUUUAUUUUGUUUGUUAUCUUCUUAGCACCUGCCGUGAGCCUGCUUAUUUAUCUAUUUACUUAUUUAUUUUUUGCUUUAUCUUGAUAUUUGCUUUUUAUUUGUUUUUAUGUCUCAUUGUAGAGCACUUUGGCUAUCCCCCCGUGGUUCUUUUCAAACGUGCUGUAGAAAUAAAGUUGAUUGAUUGAUUGAUUCAGAGAAUCAGCAGAAAUCUCUGAAAGACAAAAGACAAAAACUGAAAAUCCCUUCCAAAAAAACAGAAAUAAUAAACAUUUCUCUGUCCUAACAUCAGAUUCAACAUUUGAUGUUCAGUCUUUGCACUAAUUCCAGUCCUAUAUCAGCUCUAUAUGAAACACUCUUUUGUGUUUACAGCCUCCCAGUUUUAUGAAAGUCGGGUUCUUUACGAUGCAUGAUCAAUAAUAGUGAAACGAGUCUAUUGACAAGUUUUUCAGUGUGUUUUCCGGCUUCACUGCUAACUCCAACCAUGCACACUGAUUCAGAACAGAAGUUCUCCCUCCGACAUUGUCUCUGUGAAAUACUGCGCUCAUUACUCUUUUGUGAAAAACAAAUUACUCACCGAGGAAUCAUUAGAUUUUUGAACCAAUCUGUCAGACUUCUGGGAGGGUUGGCGAAGAUUUACCGCCUGGUUUCCACAUUUGUUAAGGUUUGGAAAACACAGUCCCCUGAAAAUGUGCUUUUUUUGGAGAAAUGAUCGAACUUGGAGUCAUUUCAAAUAUUUAAGACCACCGUCUUUCCCUCACCUAAACCACGGCUUCAUUACGGCGCAGACAUAUCUAUUUAAAAGUCCACCACAGCUCUGUUUUUAGAGGAAUGAAUUCUGUUUAAAAAGGAAGAAAAACUCUUUUGCUUUGGAAAGAAAAAGAAAUAAGAUGCAAGAGAUCGUUUCCAGUGUCAACUGCUUCUUAUUUCCUGUAGAAAUGUAUUUAUUCUUGCAAAUUUGGCGCAUUAAUGUGCAUUACCGCUCAGCUUCUCAGUGACAGGGCUUCACUCUGCAGAGGUAAGAAAAGAAAACUCAAAGUGCAGCUUGUAGACAGACGCUGCUCAGGAUGCGGCCAUUAAAGCUGCUGUUCGGGUGUUUGUAUCAGGAAGCAGCACAGCGAGGACAGAACAGAAGGAGCCGCAGGACUGAAGUCUGAUGGGUGUCAGUUCGACAGUGUGCUGUACUAAACUUUUAUCAUUUUAUACACUACAGGCCAAAAGUUUGGAAGCAAGAUCAGAUUUGUACAAAAAAGAUCAUAGUUUCAUACAUAUAAUCUGCAACAACAUAAACAUGACUAUUGUGUAAAGAGUAACUUAUCAGAAGACAUUUUGACUAUAAUUAUCAGGUAUUUGAGUUAUUGUUGCUUAGACUUUGCUUUCUUUAAAGUAACCUCCUCUGGCUUUAACAACAGCUUGGCAUAUACCAGGCAUUCGUUCCACACGUUUUCUACGGUAUGUUCCAGGGAUUGCAUUCCAAGCGACUGCUGAUUCAUGGGACGCGUUUCUCUGACCAAUCGAUCCAAUUCAUCCCGCACAAGCUCAAUUGGAGAAAGGUCUGGAGACUGAGGGGGCCAAACCAUCUUUUGAAGAACACCUUCCUCUUCUUUUUUGUCUAGGUAACCCUGACAGAGCUCGGCAGAGUGCUUAGGGUCAUUGUCUUGCUGCAAAACAAACUUAUGAGCCACAAGUCUGAGUCCAGAUGGAGCAGCAUGGUGCUGGAGGAUGUCACUCUUACUGAUGACAAUAAUAUGUUUAUCCUCUGCUUUUGUAGUGACUCUCUUUCGUCCAGGUCUUUUUCUAUCAUCAGAACUUCCAGGUUCCUCUAGUCUCUUCAGAGUGUAGUGGACUCCUUUGUUAAACACCUUUAGGUGUUUUUCUCUUUCUGUGAAUCCUUCUUUCCUCAAUGUACAAAUCCUUACUUUUGUUUCUUUACUCAGUUGCUUCUUUCUAGCCAUUUUUGCGGUAAUUUGAACGCAGUUGAGAUUAAUUAGGAUUUUUGUCUGCAGACUCUCAAAGGCCACAAAGUUGAAGGGAAUUAUCCAACUGUGAUUUGUUUUCUUGUUUUUGCACUGAAGUUGUGACUCUUGCAAAUGUUUUCAACCCUUAAACUAAGCCCUUAUUAUCUUUUGCUGACAUAUAUUUAGCAAUGGUCUCUUUACAUCAAUGUAUAUCUAAAGGUAAAUGGAGUAAAAUGGUGCGUUUCCAUGAAAGCAACAUCUGAUCAUGGAGUAAAUACAUCCCAAAAUACAUAAAACUCAUGCUGGAUUUAAAGAAAAAAAGCAUUGUGAACAAAAACUUGAAGUUACUCCCAACUGUUCGGCCUCUAAUGGCCUUGCUUCCAAACUUUUGGCCUGUACUGUACGUCUGAAUGUAUUUCUGCUGUUUUAGGAGGAGGAAUAAAUGCUCAGAAAUGAGUCUCAUUCUGAUUCAGAAGAGACGCCAAGAACAUCGAGUUUCACAAUCAGACCAGAUAUCCAGAACAAGAAGAGAAGAGAGUUUUUAUUUCUGAGAAAGUUUCACAUUUUUGCAUAACAUGAUUCUUAAUGUAGUCUGCAUUAACAUCCUGGAUUUAUCUUCAGUAUUAAAUCUUUGGCAGCUGCAUGUGGGAAGAAGCUCCUCAAAGUCUUCCAAAAAUAUCCAGUAAAACUUAAUUUAUUCUGGAUGUGGGCCUUAAAAAUCUUCAUCACCUCGUGCAGAGCGGAGCAGAGCAGCCUCCUUUUUGAAGAAAACGGGCUGUUAAAAGGACAUCACCGAAACAGGUAGAAUUAAAAGAGAAAAGCAGGAGAUGAUUUCGAUAAGGCGGCAUUUUUCACCUCUUAAAUAACCUUUCUGGAUUAAUCAGUGGAAUCAACAUCUGAAGCGUCUGCCAUCAAGUCUAAAAAACGAGGCUUGUUUAGAGACAGAUCAGAAAACACGCUCAGCCGUUAGAUAACACAGUUGUGAGACAGAGCGAAGAAAUUAAUGAACAUUGAUUUAGCUGUUAUGUCAGCUCUCACAAGGUGUUCAGUCAGCAGCUCUGUAAUUGAUGUUUCACUGUAGCAGAGGAAGAUUUCAACAUGAAAGCCCUCCUGGGAUUUGCCUGUUAACAUAACUUGUUUGUAAUGAGCAUUAAGCCCAUCCUGACUGGCUGCAGUCGUGAGGUUGUACCGUUCAAUAAAAUCUUUGUUUGUUCGGCCAGACUCUGACUCGAGGGUGUCAGAUCGCCCUUUUAUUCCCUGAGAGGAAUAAAAGCCUUUUAAUUCACCUUUGGGCCUCGACUUAAAACCAAUCAGUUAAACUGUUAAUCACAGUCUGAUGUAUUUCCUUGCAUACGUUUAUUAUUAGAGAUAGUAGAAAUGUACUUUGGGCCGUAAUUCUCCAAGGUUAUGCUAUCUGUCCAAUGUAUGGCUGCUUCAGAAUGACUUCAAGGUGAGCCAGAUUUAAUUUAGAUUAAACUCAGUUUUAAAUACAUAAGUGAUCAUUUAUCUUUUUAAUUUUUUUAAUUUUUCAAAGAAUUAAAAAGUUUUUCAGCAUGAAUGAGAGAGUUUAAACAGAAAGGACAUACAGCAUAGAGGCAAAGUGACGUCUGAGCUCUUGGCCUGACCUCACCGUGGCUACAUCCAACAAAUCCUCCCAACAAAUAGUCAUAUACACCGGCAGCCCUGCAGCAGCUGCCCUUGGUAGAGUUGCUUCAGGCCUCAGACACUCAAAGGUCAUGGAUUUUGGCUCUUAUAUUGUGCAUUUACCAACAUGUGUUGUUGUAACAUUGUAUCGUAAAAUAUCAUAUAGAGAAACGUAUCAUACCAUAUUGUAACAUAUAACAUGUUAUUCCACAUCAUAACAUUUUAUCAUAACAUAUCAUAUUGUUUCGUAAUAUAAAGAACUGUAUAGUAACGUAUAGUUCUGUCAUCACAUAUUGUAUCCUAACAUAUUGUAGCAUAACAUAUGGUAGCAUAAAAUACCCUAUCGUAACAUGGUAUCAUGACAUAUCUUAUUGUUUCGUAAUAUAAAUUGUUGCAGUGAAGAAUAGUUAUUUCCUAACAUAUUGUAUCCUAACAUAUCGUACCAUAUCAUACCGUAUCGUAACAUUAUAUCAUGACUUAUUGUAACACUAUAUCAUAACAUAUUGUAGCAUAUCGUAGCAUAUCGUAACCUAUGAUAUCAAAUUGUAACAUUGUAUCAAAACACAUCAUAUUGUAUCAUAAUAUAAAGAAUUAUAAAGUAACGUAAAGGUCUGUCAUCACAUAUUGUAUCCUAACAUAUGUUAGCAUAACAUACCAUAUCGUAACAUGGUAUCGUGACAUAUCUUAAUACAACAUUGUUGUAUAGUGUAUCAUAUGGCAAUAUAAAGAAUUGUAUAGUAGCUAUAGUACUGUGUCGUCACAUGUUGUAUCCUAACUUAAAAUAACGUAACAUAUCUUCUCAUAACAGAAUGUAUUGUAUCAUACUGAGUGGUACUACAUCAUAUCAUACCAUAUCGUAACAUCAUAUCAUGACAUAUUGUAACAUAACAUGACUUUGAUUAUGAAAUAUCUUACAGCAUAAUUUUGUAUAGAAACAUAUCAUACCUUAUUGUAUGAUACAUAUUAACAUAUAACAUAUUAUACCAUAUCAUAACAGUGUAUCACAACAUAUAUUGCAUCGUAAUAUAAAGAAUUCUAUAGAAACAUAUAGUUCUAUCAUCACAUGCUGUAUCCUAACAUAUCAUAGCAUAUCAUACAGUAUCGUAACAUCCUAUCAUGAAAUAUCGCAACAUUGUAUUCCAACAUAUCAUACUGCUUCAUAAUGUAAAGAAUUGUAUAGUAUUGUGUUGUCAUACACUGUAGCGUAACAUAUCGCAUCAUAACAGAUUGUAUAGUAUCAUACCUUACCGUAACACCAUUUUUAUGUCUUUUAUCGAAGUUUUGGAUUUAAAUGGUUUUGUUAUCACUUUGACUUUAGAUACAUGACGGCGUUACAACCCUGAAAAUAAGGUCAUGAAAUCAAACGCCGGCACUGGACCGCAGUCUCCAUUUAUGUUAGUUUCCAUCUGGUCCAGCUGCUCCUGCACAUCCAUGUCAUUUACAGAGCUGAGUAGUUGUUCAUUUGGAGUCUUUAAGUUUGGCACAUCCAUGUCAUUUACAGAGCUGAGUAGUUGUUCAUUUGGAGUCUUUAAGGAUGGCAGAAACCAUAAGUCAUCAUGUCAGCAUCAGACUGAGACUCUGCUUAAGAAGCCUCAGAGCGUCCUUCUGCUUAAAGAGUGUUUUGACUUCUUGUGGUCUCGACAGUUUUAGUCCUGACGAAGUCAAAAUACCAGAGACCGUCUUCCUUCUUUUAAUUUUUGACUUGAGCUGAUGGGAUGUUUAAUUUUACAUAAAAUCUCUGUCCAGUGCUGCUUUAAUUUCCAAAGUCAAAAAGAAUCUUUUGCCAUUAAUGACCCUCUAAACAUUAAUUUCCCCUCAAGAAGGAAGUCUCUGUCUUUCAAUUGGCUAUUAUCCUAAAUCAUCCAAAUCCCUGGCCCACUGCCCGGAGUUUAAUGUUGAAAGUCUUAGAGAUAGAAAAGACCCUGUCAGCUUGACUUCUGUUAAAGAUCACCCAGUGGUGGAGAGGACUUUAAAAAACGCAUCGAUUAACAAACGUUGGAGGUUAAACUAGUUAUAAAAUUGUUAAGGGGCUCCAGGCUACAGGAAAACUCAUGCAUUCAAAUGUUAUUUCUGUGCCAAAUAAGAGGCAAAUCUUUUCCUAAGACAUAAAGAAACAAUCCAAACUUUUCCACAAGUUUCAUUUUGCAGGACAGAGAGGAGUACAGGCUGCGUUACAGUGUCAGAACAGAGCAAACAAAGACACGACGCGGGUUUGUUUUAGUUUCUGACAGCAGGCUGCGAGCGUUGUUUAUAAUGUUUGUGAUACUUUCUGAGCUACACCUCGAUGAGUUUAAGCCAGCAUGGAGAUUCGCUGUCAGUUCAGCUGAUAUUUGGCUCUCAGCAGGUUUUAGAGAAGUGUGAAGCUGCACAAAGAAAUCUGUUUGACCAAAUCCACAUCCACAUCAGAGCGAGACGAGCCUAAACGCCCCUGCUCCCCCCGUUACAUACGUACAUCUGAGUCUGACACGACCUUUCCAGGAGGGUUUUUUGUCCUGCAUUCAUAAUUAAUCAGAUAAAUUAAUAAUGAUAAAGUGAACAAGACAAUAUAUAAGGUAAGGGAUGUCGCUGAGAACUCUGAGAAUUCAUCCUCUCUUUGAAUCCAUCGAUGUGUUGAUUGGUGACCUUCUCCACCUCCGUCCUCGCCGUCAUCUGUCCUCCUAUUUCUGUCCUGUGAUAUUGUCCACUCCAGAGUCAAGACUUAAAACUUAAACCACUUUUACCGCAACUUGAAGUCAACAUUUACCCUUCCAGAUAUCCAAAAACGUGACUAAAGAGCUUCAUAAGAAAAUGUUUGUUACAGUAAAUUAGCCAAACUAAUGUUUCAUCUCCUUCAGCUCCGUUUACAGUUCGUUAAAAACAGAAGAAAGGAAAUCACAAUGUUUACAAAACUGUACAAAUAAUGUAUUUAUUUUCAUAAAUGAUAAAUUAACACUUUUCUUUCUCUAGGCUGAGAAUUUCUCACAUAGUUGACACUUUAUCGUUCGCACUAAUACGUUUAGAGACAAGCUGCUUCUCUGACGGUUGUUUAACGGUUUCGUUUUAUCGGGAGAAGACGAACUUUUCUGAAACAAACUGACCUGAAAGAAAUAAGAACUUCAGAGUCUUUCGUCAGCGUCUUCAGGGCGUGUGUGUCAGGAAAGGUUUACUCUCACGUCGUCUGCGGUGAAAACACUGAUUCACCGUCACACACAAUCAGCGCUCACCCCUGUGACUCUCGGAGAUCCAUCGGGCUUAUCUCGCCAUCCGUCCCAGCGCCUUUUCCAAUAAGGGUCCCUUUGAUUCGGCUUUUGUUACAGUCUUUUUAUCUGUGAAUGCACAUGCCAUCAGACACCCUGACUGAACACACUGAGGCACCGGGUAUAAGAGGGAGGACGUCUGAGCGUCUACAACACAGUUCCUGCAUUUUUAUGAGAAUUCAUAUAUUUAAAAUGUUGAUUUAAUUCAAAUUAAAGGAUAAAAUAGUGUAUUUUACACCUUCAUGAAGGUCACAUUCUAGUUAAAUUAUCUUUUGUAUGUACUCAGGGUUUUAUGGUGUCUUAUCAGCUAAAGAAGCAUGUUUUUCACUUUAGGGGUCGUCUUAUUAUAGUCUUGACUCCAAGAGGAAGACAAGAGUUAUCUGACAAACUGACAGAAUGACUUUAAAAUAUAGUGAUUUAUGUGCGAAGUUAAACAUUUAAUUAGUGUCACUGAAAUCCCAGCAAAUGUUUAAUCUGAAGUGUAAUAUUUAGUACAGUGACGUCUCUGUUCAAAGUUCAUUUAAAAUCUUAUCAGCAGAAUUUUGUGACUUUAAGUAAAGAGUCAGACGAAACUUUUCAAAACCGUCUCUUCAUUUUCAAAACAUUUAAACAUUUUAUGAACUUUUUCAAAACCUUAUCUGUCCGCAGCAAACAAAAGAGCAAAAAUAUGAUUCAUUAAAACCUUAAAUUAUAACUUUUUAUGAUACAUAAAUUAAGUUAUUAACAAACAGGGUAAAGUUAUGAGAGUUAUGUGUUAUUAAAGCCUUUUCAUUAACGUAUAACACAUUAGAAAUCAUACCUUUAUGAAGUACUACCAUUACUAUAAGCUAUUUUUUAUUACUGUUAUAGAUUCAUUCAUUGGGCUUUAUUAAUGUGCUUUUGAUGCAUCAUAAUAAUGUUAAAUAUGUUCAGUAGGAGAAGUAAAAUAAUGAUAAUAGUAGUAAAAGUAGUGGUGGAUGUAGUAGAAGUGCUAAUAGUAAAAGAAGAGGCAAUUGAAGUAGUAGAGGUAAAUGUAGUACUGUAAGUAAUGGUCAAAGUAGUGAAGUAAGUGUAGUACAUGCACUAGUAAUUAAAACUGAAGUAUUAGUGGAAGAGAGGAAUAUGUAGUACUAGUUACAGUUGUGAUAGUUGUGGCAGCAACAACAAGAGCAGUAAAGGAAGUAGUAAAAAGAGCAGCUGUUGUAGAAGUAAUUGAAGUAGAGGCAGAAUCUGUAAUGUUAGCAAAAGUACUACAAGUUGAAGUACCAAGUUUUAGUUGUGCUGAUGAAAGUUUUGGUCAGAGUAGGAAUUGUAGUAGAAGUAAUAAUUUUAAUAGUGUUUUCAGUAUUUGAUAUAGUAAUGGUAUUAUGUGUGGUAACAGUCAAAGGUCUUGUAUUAGUAAGAAUAAGAGUAACUUUAUUAAUCCCCGUAGUAGUAAGUAGUUGAAGCAGUAAUAAUAGUAAAAGUGGUAGUAUUAGUAGUUGGGUAAUGAUAGUUUUGGUGGUGGUAACAGAAGUUUCAGUUUUAGUUGUAGUUAUGGUAGUAAUGUUGGUGUUCCAGUCUAGUAAUAGUAAUAUGGUAGAGGGGGUAAAGGUUGUGGUGUAGUCCUGUGGUUCCUCGAGUCGUUAACUUUGAUGUUUGUUUGUUUGUUUUUCCUGUAAAGUUUUUGUGACGUAGAAUAUUUACUCAGAAAAGUCUGGAGCUGCUUUUUCUGACUGUUUUUCUCUGUAUUUACGUCCCCGCACUCCGCCGUCUUUAGUCCUCUCUCAGACGCUCUCGGGGUCUGCAGUGUGUGGUCGAUCCUAAUGAGCAGAGAAGCGCGGCGGUUAGCAGUGUCGAUACAAAUUGAAUUGCAAAAUACAAUCGCGGUCUCCGGGACUUGACUCUCGGGUCGCUGAAACAUAUGUGGGCGCACGGUUAUAACUCAGUUAGAGCAUAAAUGUCAGAGCAGCAGCAGCACAUGUCAGAUAUGUGAUUUUCCUCUCUGUCAGUGGAUUGGAUUUAUGGAGCUAUUUGAGUGUGUUGUGCUCUCACAAAGCUCAGCAGAAUAUUAAACUCCUCCUCUAGAGCCGGCACCUUGAUUAAAAUCUUACACAAACAACAUCGAAUGAUGCAAAAUAAAUACAAGCCUCUCUCUGUUCUGAGCAGACGUGUUGACUCUUAACUGUUACUCCAAAGCUGGGUAACAGUUUACUCGGGGACAUCAGCAUGGCGGCUGACAUCCUGAGGACUCAGUGUUCACAGCUCCAUUUAAGAUCUUAAAGCUAUUACAAACUUUCAAGUGGAGCUGGUCCUCUGUGUUUGGAAUACUAAUAGAAAGGAGAGAGUGGAUGAUGCUUUAAACAUGAUGAUGUAACACAAACACAGCCGAGCGCCUGCAGUUUCACUUUAAUUAAGGAGGAAAACAACAACGUUUUACAGAGUCUGCCGUGAAAACGCUUCUCAUGAUUCUGCCCGAGUCCUCCAUAACAUUAUAUAUACACGUGUGUGUGUGUGUGUGUGUGUGUGUGUAUGUGUGUGUCUAUGAUCCAAACAGGGAAGCGUUUCUUUAUGAAAUCCCUCAAACAGCUCGGAGCGCUUCAGUUAUUGGCACUCGAAACCUGGUCAUAGGGGGAGUGUAGAAACAGUUGUAAAGUGUCACUUCCCUUUCGUCAAAGAUCAUCGUUUUUGAGCUUUAAAUUCCCACUACGAUCGUUUAUUUUUUAUUACUUAAAGUGUUCCCAGUGGUCUUUAAUUUGUGAUUAUGAAGUUUUUAGCCAAAAUCACAUUAUCUGUGUCAUUUUUAAGGACUUGUCUUCUGCAGAGCUCCAGUAGCUCAUUAGUAAUUCACCUCUGAGUCGUGGGCGGAGACAGCGCUGCUCUGGACACUCCUCUUUACACUAGCUUGUCGCCUAACAUUACCGGUGUAGUAGCAGAAUGUCUUUGAGGACAUGAUGAAAGUUAAUAUCAUAUUAGCUUUCUUAUGAACAUUGCAAUCUGCUAACGCACACGCUUGUUCUGCGAUCAUUUUCUCAAUUUUCUGAGUCUGGCCUGCAUAGCGGGGCUCUGGGGGCGGAGCUUGAGUUUGUGACAUAGGAAAUCUCUCUCAGUGCGUUUACAUGCACAGUUUAAUCGCACUAAGCUCAUAAUUCGUUAUUUUUUUUCGCCGAAUCAGACUUCUCUCCUUGUCGGCGUAUACAUGCAGCUGAGAAAAUGAAACCAGGGGGCGAUAUGGGUCUUUUUAGUUGCGCUGUUUCUGACCCCAUACAACCAUCAACAACAGCAGCAGGUCGGUGUCAGACGUCACAAGUGGCUACAAUCGAAUUCCAAUCGCAUUAUCUGGGUGUCUUAAUCAGAGUUCUCAAACUCCGAUUGGAGUCAGACUAAAGUGUUUACAUGCACUUAAAUUGUCUGGUCUUAAUCGGAAUAAGGCGAAAAUUCGGUUUUCUAGAGACUCAUGUAAAUGUACUGACUGUGUCCGAGCCUACUGUUCAGGUCUGCCAGAAAUUCACAGAGAUUUGAACGCAGAAAUACUCAGAAAUACAAUUUCACACUUAUUUUUCUCAUGAUAUGUCCUGUAGCAUCAAAAAAAUGAAUAUAUGAACAUGUAGACGACAAGAAAAAUGUGAUUUUCAUCUUAGUAUACUAAUGGGUUCAUUUGGCCUGUUGACGAUACAUUUAUAAAACGGUUCCUCUAUAAAGGCUAGAAAGGCUGACAGUGGUCAGAUAAAAACAUUUUUUACCUUUCUGGCCUUUAUAGACGAACUGUUUUAUGAAAUGAUUGUCAUCGGAGUGGAUAUUAGGUUUAAUUUGGUUUUGGUCUGAGAGAUCCACGCUAAGGCAGACAGACCAGAACCAAAGACAGAGCUGAUAUCAGUGACCUGCUCUGGUGACAUGAGUCAGCAUAAUAAGGCGAAGCUGGGUUGGAGGCGGGUUACAAGCACAGAGAGUAUCAAGAAUUGCGCUGAGUUCACGCAUGAUUUUGGAUUUAUACCAAAAUAAAGGAACAGUAGCUGUGCUGACCUUUAGCGGGUCUCCUCUGAACCCUCAAGCUUCACGUUUUUGCUCUUUGCAUCGCCGCAGCAGAACCAGCUCAGUUAAACAGGACUGAGAAGGUCGAUGUCCACGGCGGUUUCCUGUUUCCAAACCUAGACUCUCUCAUCACGGCUCUGCAGCUGGCCUGAAGCAGUCUCAGCCUCCAUCUGCGCCUACACCUCUGUGAUUCAUCCAUUCAGAUCUCUCCAUGUGAGAUCUUAGAGGCCGGUUUUGCACUUAUGGUUUAUUUAAUGCGACAUCUGGUGCCGUAAGAAGCUGACGGCUCGAACCAUGUCCUAUUAAUGUUGAAAUACAAGUAAAAUCUUCAUCUGUAGUACAGCAUGGCUCAUGUACAGAGGCUGCAGUCCUCAAGGAUCAGGGUUGGACUCCUUCUCUACUAUAAAAUCAACUCACUACCUUAUUUCUCAGGCCUGAAAGAGUCCAAAUGAUGAUCUUUUUGUGUUUAAGCAGAACUAGCAUCAUUUUAAAGACCACAAAGCAACAUCAUAAAUAAGUUCAGAGUGUUUUAGUCCAGCUGACCCUGCUGGAUGUUCACAUGAAUAUUUACCGUCAAUCUUCUUAAAUCUGAGUUUGUUCGUGUCCCUUUUAGUCUCUCACUGAGUCUGUUUCCGUGCACUGUAAUGAUCUGUUGUGAUGUCGGGUUCAGUCACUCCCUCUUGGCGAGAACAAACCCUCUGACCCUGCAGAAUUAUCUCCUGUCUUCUUCUUCUGUCCUCUCCCUGCAGGACUCUGGGAGGCGCCCAGAAGAGCUGUUGAACCCGGCCGAAUACAUGAGCUACCAGCGCGUCGCCAACAUGGAACAGUACCCCGAGUCUCAGCCCGCCCCGGCCUACCCUCCUGUCACCUUCCUGCCUCAGCACCCUUACACGCAGCAGCCACCCGGCGAGCCCAUGUACUCCAACACCACCUUCUCCGCCCCUGCUCCCGGCCCCCGCGCUCCUUACACGUUCCCCAAGGAGCAAUCGGUGUAA